AGGCUGGGAGACACAAUGCGCCGUGUCCUUCGCUUGCUCCUCGGCUGUUGCCUGACCGAGCUGUGCGCCCGCGUGUGCCGGGCGCAGGAGCGAACAGGGCAGGGACAGCUCCACCAGCAGCAGCAGCAACAGCAGCAGCAUCAACACCUGGACAACGUGGUUGUUCUGACCGGGGGUAACCGCUCGGGAGCCGGGGAUCCUGGGGAAACCGCCGGCGCUUCAGAGGCGGCCCCAACCAAAGCCCCUACGCCAGACUCCUGCCGAGGCUACUUCGAUGUCAUGGGACAGUGGGACCCUCCGUUUAACUGCAGCUCCGGGGACUUCAUCUUCUGCUGCGGCACUUGUGGCUUUCGGUUUUGCUGCACAUUCAAGAAGAGGCGCCUGAACCAGAGCACCUGCACCAACUACGACACGCCACUCUGGCUUAACACUGGCAAGCCCCCGGCCCGCAAGGACGACCCCAUGCAUGACCCAACCAAGGACAAGACUAACCUUAUUGUCUACAUCAUUUGCGGGGUGGUGGCUAUCAUGGUGCUGGUGGGCAUUUUCACCAAGCUGGGGCUAGAGAAGGCUCAUCGGCCCCAGCGGGAGCACAUGUCCAGGGCUCUUGCUGAUGUUAUGAGACCACAGGGCCAUUGUACAACAGACCACAUGGAAAGAGAUCUUAACAUUGUUGUUCAUGUCCAGCACUAUGAAAACACAGAUACGCGAGCCCCUGUAAAUAAUUUACAUGCCACUCAACUGAACAAUGCUGUUCCAACCUCGCCUCUCCUCCCACAAAUGUCUCAUCCUCAUUCCUAUCCCAGUUUGGGGCAAAUCUCCAAUCCAUAUGAACAGCAGCCUCCUGGCAAGGAACUGAACAAGUAUGCCUCCUUAAAAGCUGUGGGAAGUUGUGAUGGUGACUGGGCAGUAGCAACACUUAAGUCACCCAAAGCUGAUAAGGUCAAUGAUGACUUCUACUCCAAACGACGGCAUCUGGCUGAGUUGGCAGCCAAGGGGAGCCUACCACUUCAUCCUGUGCGAGUAGAGGAAGAACCUCCGAGGGCUUUCAGUCCUGAGCAUGGCCCCGCCAAGCAGAAUGGACAAAAGUCCCGGGUCAACAAACUCCACACACACCCCUUGGCCUACAAUUCCACCACCAACUUCAAGACCUGGGACCCCAAUGAGCCGUCCCUCCGGCGUCAGGCCUAUGGCAACAAGGGCAAGCACGGCACAGCAGAGCCCACCUCUAGUGAGCCACUGGCAACGAGGAGCCAACACUUUAUGCCCUCACAGCCAUACUUCAUCACCAACAGCAAAACAGAGGUGACUGUCUGAGAUUGACACCAGAGGGAACAUCCUGGAGAGCACACUCAACUGAGAGAGGCAAAAAACAAAAUCUAAAAAACAGCUCCCUUCCCACCAUCCCCCACACCCUCACACAAAAUACUUACAAUCAGAACUGACAACCAAUAAUCGAUGACUUGGAAACUUGCUUCUCCUGGGUUACAACUGGCAAUGAACAGCUAAGGAAAAUCAAGACAGGGGUAUUUAGCAAUACAUCGAAAGAAAUUGAGUAACACCAUGUGGAUUUCAAAGCCUAGGCAGUGGCGAACUCACAAGCCCAACCCUUGUGUGACAUUUUUUUCCUUUUUUUAACUUGAAAUUGGAAUUCUUGAUGAGAAGUAGCACAAUCCAGACUCUCUAUCCAUGUAAACACAUUUGCUAUAAGUUGUCUGAUCCUACUUAUGAGAGCAAAAGAGGAAGAAAGCAUACACACACACGUGUACACACACACACACACACACACACACACACACACACACAGACAGACAAAGGGAGAGAGAGAGACAGACAGACAGACACAGACACAGACACAGAGUGAGAAAGCGACAGAGAGAAAGAGAGCACAGGAGCACUCUCAUGUGACACAUGAGAAAGAGGAGAAAUUAUAUGAAAAUGCAUUGAAUGCAUUGUUUUGGCCAGGAAUUUUAUAUCAAGGUUCUGAGUUCUUGGUCAAUCCUAAUUAACUGGUGAUCAGGACACAUGUACCUGUGACAAGCCCAGGGCAAAGGAACUCAGCCCCAGCCCUCACGCUUACUUACUUUCAUAUCAUCACUGUUGGAAGCAAAAAAUAAACAGACCCUGAACCCACAAAUUGCUAAUGAAAAGGAAAAGCAAAAGAGACAAUCUCCUGUGAUAUCCAUAAAAAAACUGUUGCAACUAAGUAAAGGGGUGAACUGUUGGGUGGGUGGGGGGUGGGGACAGUGGUUUAGAGAGUACUCAACCUUUUUUUUUAAAGAUCUCUAUAUAAAACCACAAAGAAAACCAUCUACCUUUUCCUUUCACAAUCUCCAAAAAGAGAAAGAUGCUGACACUUAAAAACAAAUAAAUAAAUAACAAACUAAUCAACUAAAGGACUGUUUUGUUGGAGGGGGCAAAGGGGAGUAGUUGCCACUCCACUCUGAGUUUGUGCCCCCAACCUUUAAAAAAGGCUGUCUUCUCCCAAGAACAGAAUCGAGUCUCACUUAACUGUCUGUUUCUGACUUCCCUUCACCUUAAGCGUGCUGCUGAACUUCAAUUGCUUUGGACUGAAAAUGACUUAAGCGUGGGUGGUGCCUUCAAUGUGUCACUGGUGUUCAAUGACAGUCUUGUUUUCUAAGUGCAACCUGUGUUCCUUUAGGCUUAUUUCCUUCUUUUUUACGCAAGUAGUAGAAGUUGUUUUAAUACUUCCUUUUGUUGACAAUUCCCAUUCUAUCCCUUUUCCCUUUCUCCCCACCCCAUCCACUAAGUGGCUGCAAUGAUAGGGGGUAUGUAGGUGAGAAGACACGUUCCCUACCCAACAACCUUUAAGACUUAUGUGUUGUUAUUUAUUCUCUUCCCAGAGUUCUUCUGGACCACACUUUGCUCAAUGGCAACUCCCAACUUGUUCAUUAAAAUUGGUUUUCAAGCCUAAAAACACCUCUUUAGACUAAUGGUAUUUUAGAAGAAAAGACACAUGGAUCUGUUAUGUUGUUUUACUUGGCCCCUUGUAUUAAUGGGGGGGGGGGGAAUGAGAGAGAGAGAGAGAGAGAGAGAGAGAGAGAGAGAGAGUGAGAGAGAGAGAGAGAGAGAGAGAGAGCACAAAGGGAAAAAGGAAAGAUUGAGAGGUGGUUUCCAAC